GGCGGGGAUUGCCCUUCCACUCUAAUCGCUGCGGCGGAAGAAGAACUACAACUCCCAGCAAGUCCCGCGCACGUCCCUGCGCCAGCGCGUUGCUCCGGGAGCCCCGCCCCGCCUGGCCGCCGGCUCCUCGGCGGCGGGAGGAGGAGCAGGAGCGGGGCCGCCGCGGCCGCCGGCCCGGCCCGGGUCCUGUCGGCUCCCCCCGGCCGCGCCAUGUGGCAGAGCAUCGGGCUGACCCUGCUGGUGAUCGUGGCCACACUGGCCUGCGUGCUGCUCUUCAUGCUGUGCGGAUGGUAUGUGGUCUGGCAAUUGUUCUUGUCUAAAUUCAAAUUCCUGAGAGAAUUGAUAGGUGAUACGGGGUCCCAGCAGGGAGACAACGAGCCUUCAGAAACUGAAACUGAACAGGAAACUCCGCCCUCGCCUCAGAGAGGGAGACAGAAAUCGGCUCGGCAGCGAAGGGCACCUACAGAAGACACGACUUAAAGUACUCCAUUGAACUUCUGUGUAAACUGUGAAUGGUUAGCACCUCUGCACUGUGUCCUUCAGUGGUGUGAUCUUACUGAGAAACUGACCUAAGAGGUACCAUUGAUCCCUGUGGACCUUUACUUCUGAGCUACCAAUGGAUGAUGCUACUACGGCAGAGGUUCAGGGAGGGCUUCAGCAGCAAGUCACAGAAUACUGGAAGAAGGGAGGGGUGGAGAGAAAUCUCCAUCACAAAAAUGCUGAGCUCCUGUAUCUCCCAUCUCAGCACGCAGAUGAAGAACAGGUCCUGGACCAUAGGCUUAGCCUUUGCAUUAGUCUGAACGUAGUAAAUAUUUCAGACUUGAAAUAGUUUAUAAAUUAUUUUUUCUUUACAACACUGUAACUACAUAUAAUGAAAUUGAGUUUUAUUUCCUUAGCUGUAUAUGAAUAUAUAUAUAUUUUUUCAACCUUGAGAAAGCACAUGAACUAAAAAAAUCAGUUGAAAGAAUAUCCUGCUUUAGAACAUAUUCUAAAGUGAGAUUUUAGUUAAGUUCUUGUAUAUAUACAAAGUAUAAAUGAAAUAUAAAAAAUCCUAUUAGGUGCACGUGAUUUGGAGGUUUUUAUUAUCUCCUCUUUUUUAAAAAAGAAGGAGAUGCAAAGAAAGCAAUUGGAUGGCAAGACCUGUUUUCUUGGUUUUGGUAUAUAAGAAGGAUUAUAGUUUAAACAGUCCUGCUAGGCUUCUGCAUGUUUUUCUUGAACCUUUUACUUCAAGUCCAACCUGUGCUGGAGAUGGGAAGGUGCCUGGGUUAUGCACUACUCACUGUUUAGUAUUCUGAAGUGUCAUCUUUGGUAUUUGGAUAAUGAGCCUUUCUCUUAGCUCUCCUAGUACACAUUUACGUCAGGUAUUUGGUAUCUAACAUAGCUUUUUUUCCUAGAAGCAGUUAAGGCUCUCUUAGCAGUUUGUCAAACAUCGCUGGGACAUUCUGACAGUGUUCCAGUAGGGAAUUCGAUACCUCAUGCUGGAGGACUUACAGAUUUUUACCAGUAAUCAGCAGUUGCUCCUGUUUUCUCUGAUGAUGAGUUCUACAGCUGUUUUGACACUGCACUUCAGAAUGAAGAGCUCCACUUCGGUUUAUCUAGAAACCCUGAAGAUUGACGCAAGAGAUUUUGGAAAGACGAGGAGCAUGCAUGUGCCACCUGUGAUGUAUGUAUGAGAGAGAGCUACAAACAGGUCUCAUCUUGAACAGCUUCAGUUUUCUCUCAAAGUUUGGAUAUGUGGUAGUAUUUGGAUCGUUGUUCCGUGGAUAAAAACUUAAUCAGGACUUUAAAAUUGGUCUUGUAUUUUUAGCUGUUAAGAAGUUUAAACCUGUGGCUUCCAAAUUGUGGUUUGGUUCAGUUAUAUGGCUGAAAGCAGCAGCAUUUAGGUUUUUCAUCAAGUAGGCCUACAUCUGGGAAAAGAGCACUCUGUGUUAGUGCCUCUAUGUUUUAAUUUGUCAGUUUGGAAUAGUGAUCAAAAUCCAGUGAGGGCAUUCACUUCUUAAAAUCAUUUGGAUGUUUCAGUAUUAAAAUACAUAAGAUCAGCCCUGACUUUCCUUUAGAGUCUAAAAGACUGUUUCAUUUGCUAGCAUGUAUAUAUUAAGCGUAAGGUUACGUUUGGAAGCAUGAUUAGGCAGUGCUAUGCACAUAUCCUGUAAACACAUGUUGAAAUACUGAUUGCCUCCUCCUCUGUCUUGUGUGCUGGCAAGGGAAUGUCUAAUGAUGGUUGGUUGUUUUUUCUUCUUUUUUUUUCUUUUAAUUAGUAAACUUCCCAUUUAUUCCAACUGAGCAGAUGCAAUCCAGUUCUAUUCCCUGCUGCUUUCAGUUUGCCUGACGUAACUUGAUGUCACAAUUUUCUUGUGUGCUUAUGUCUUGUCACAUGGUGAGACUUCCAGUCUAGCAGUGCUAAUCAAGUACUGGGCCAUUUUUCUUAAGAACUUAGCAUCUUUGUCUUAAGCUUUGCUAAUAUAGGCUUACAAAUAAAGAUACUUGCUCUUUACUGACAUAAGAUAUUGACACUCCACUGCACUUCACUUUACUUAGCCUUUAGUGCAUAGAAGACAGCAAAAAGCUGAUGCCUAUAGUGUCCCUGGCUAAGAAACAGUAACUUAGUCCCUGCUUCUAGGAGCUGUGAAGAAACGUGAAGUUAUGGCAAUAUAUGUGGCUAGUUCAGGGUAGCUCUGAAGGUGCAACAAUCAAGACCCUGGAGCAAGAUAAUGAAGGAGAAAUCCAUGUGGGUUUGAAUGUAGACACCGAUCAAAUAUGCAAUAAGAUGGACAUGGAACCUCUGGGUAGCUCAUCUGCUCUAGCCAAACAAUUUCCUUCUCCCUUCCAUGCUGUCUGUAGGUGUAUAUUUCACUCCCCAAGUUAUUUUCAGUCUCUUUCUUUUCUUAAACAGCUGAUGGUAUUUUUUAAAUGUUGUUGUGACAUAGCUGCCAAUAACGCUUUCUCCCUAGUGUAUAGCUUUAAUGAUCUUACUAGUGGCAGGCCAAAGGUAUAUUAUAUAAUGUGGUUUGGAAGAAUUUUGAAAUGCUAAUGUCUUCUGUCAUUGCUUAAUUUUUCUUGAAGGAAACUCUAGUGAAAUCUUUGUAUGGGGCACUUCAUGCAAACAUGUAAGAGCGAAGCUGUGUGUGUGGGACAUGUGCUUGUGAUAAGACCUGGGUUGUGAUUGCUGGCAGUCCAAUAUACUCAUGUCGUCAGGUGUUCUUACCAAUGUCCUUCUGAAAUGUUAGUGGUGGGAAAGCACUUAACUUUGAAUUCACCCAUCCAAGUCUGAAACCUUAUGAAGGCAACAGGUUGGUCUUGUUUUGUUUAAUGGGAUCUGUUUUUAAAACUAUUGCCUUAUUGUUGCAGCCGUUAUCUUGAAUGUAUUUUGGGUUCUUAUUUUAAAUACAGUCAUAUCAUCUUUGUUGCAGGGGCUGUGUGACUUCGAAUAAGCAGUAAUUUCCUAUGUUGUAUUUGACAGUGUUGCAAUUUGUGAUCACAUUGCUGCUUAAUAUCAGGUUUUACGCUGAACUAGACCUGUGUAUGUCCUUCUGUUUCAUUUAGAAAUGACCAGCAUAAAGAAUGUGUUCAGUGUGGUCAUUUGCUUCUUCAGUGUUACAAAACUGAACCUAAAGCUUCUGUGGUUAUCUGUUUUCAUCAUUACUGUUCUUUUAACUGACUGCACAGAUGAAAAAUAAAGUAACCAGACUUGAUAUGAA